AUGGGCCUGUACGGGAAGGUGUUCAGAACACAUAUCUUGGGCAAAGCCAUAAUCGUGUCAACAGACCCCGAGGUGAACAAGGUUGUUCUGCAGAAUCAAGGGAACGCUUUCAUUCCUCAUUAUCCAAAAUCCAUCUCCGAACUGCUGGGCAAGUAUUCGAUAUUGCACAUUAAUGGACCUCUGCAGAAAAGGUUGCAUGCGCUCAUCGGAGGCUUCCUGAGGUCACCCCAGUUCAAGGCUCAAAUCACUCGAGACAUAGAAGAAUCCGUUCGACAUGUCUUCUCAUCCUGGAUGGAAAAACAAGACCGACGAAUUUACCUCCAAGAAGAAAGCAGGAAGAUUGCAUUUGAAGUCAUGGUAAAAACUUUGAUGAGCGUCGGCCGGGGUGAAGAUUUGAAUUUGUUGAGAAGGGAAUUUGAAGAAUACUGCAAAGGCUUGAUUUCUUUGCCCAUUAAACUUCCUGGAACGAGGUUGUACAAAUCUUUGAAGGCUAAAGAAAGGAUGUUGAAGGUGGUGAGAAGCAUAAUACAGCAAAGAAAGAUGGCUGCUUUGGAAGAAAAACAAGGAACGAAUGGGUUGCUGAAUGACGUAAUUGAUGUAUUAUUGCGCGACGCAUUUGAAUCAUCAUCAGCAGCAGAGGAGGCUCAGCCACGGCUGCCGUUGGAUUCGAUAGGUGAGAACCUCAUAGAGUUGAUGAUCCCCGGUGAAGAGACUGUUCCGACGGCUCUGACGCUAGCAGUCAAGUUCUUAAGUGACAGCCCCGUCGUGCUAGCCCGAUUGCUGGAGGAGAACAUGGAACUGAAGCGGCAAAAGGCUAAGUCGGGUGAUGAAUAUUAUUGGACUGAUUAUGUCUCGCUCCCAUUUACCCAGAAUGUACGUUGCUGA